UGAAUAUCCGCUGGACCAAGGCGGAUUGGUUCCGCCCAAUUGAAUGGCGCCUUCGAUGCGAUGACCUCGAAUUAAACGUCUCUUACAUUUACGACAGCAACAUUGAAGGUGGCUGAAGUCCCAUUGAGCUUCGCCCACCAUGUCGACCAUCACAAGAACCCUGACCAACUUAUGGCGAGUAGGAAUAAAGGACUACUUUCACCAGCUCCAAAACAUCGGCGACACGAAAGCCGGUACCUUAAUCGGCGUUGACCGUCUUGGUAAUAAAUAUUUCGAGAACAACGAAGAACUGCCUCUACGAACCAGAUGGGUGGACUACAAGAGCUCCGACUUCGACACGGCCCAGAUUGAGCCAGGCUGGCACGCCUGGAUGGCCUACACCGUCGACAAACCACCUUCACAAGACCCGCUGCUUGCAUACAAGAGGCGAGUGUGGGAGGAUACCGAUGCGAAGACUAUUCUCAACUAUACUGCAACACGAGGAGCCUACAAGCCGUAUAGCACGUGCGUUACUACAACCCUGUAUCCGAGCGUCUACUAACAUCCUCGUAGAUCAAAGUCGAAGAUUACGAUGU